GCUUUUUUUACUCUACUGUGUUUUUCACUCCCAUUCAUGGCUGGCUCUGUUACCUCAAUCUGAUCUCACUCCAGCGCACGCACUGCUCACUCCCUCUUCAUCUGCUGCAGAAAAAGUUCCCCAGAUCCAAUUCCAUUUCCUCAUCUCCAUUCCAGAUUGUGUAUGAUGCUUAAGGAAUUUUAGAAGCAUUUGGGAUAGAAAACAUGGAAGAAAUACAAUCACAAUCAGAUCAUUAUAGGUCAUCCUCUUCGUCAGCAAGCAGCCCGGCAAGUAGGGUGCCUUCAAGCAAUUUUUUCUACUUAAGAAAACCAGGAGCUUUAAGGCAACCUAUUUCUUUCGAGGACUCGCCUGAUUGGGAUGAUACAGAUGUUGAAGUAAGGGUAGAGGAAGGGCGAGCUGACUCCAUUAAUACUGCUACCACCCCCGUUUCUCCGUCUCUUUCGAAGCUGAACAGUGGCUCUUUGCCUUCGCCUCCAAUGCCAGAGGGUGGAACUGUUGCUAGAAAGAUUGCGGGGGCUUCGAUUGUGUGGAAGGAUUUAACAAUCACGAUAAAGGGCAAAAGGAAGUACUCUGACAAGGUUGUCAAGAGUUCCAAUGGCUAUGCUUUGCCUGGAACAAUGACAGUAAUAAUGGGUCCUUCUAAGUCCGGGAAAUCGACACUCUUGAGAGCUCUUGCAGGAAGGUUGCCUGAUUCAGCUAGAAUAUAUGGCGAGGUGUUUGUUAAUGGUGUAAAAUUAAGUAUGCCAUAUGGAACAUAUGGAUAUGUUGACCGAGAAACCACAAUUAUCGGAUCCUUGACCGUGCGCGAGUACCUUUACUACUCAGCAUUGCUUCAGCUGCCGGGGUUCAUUUCUAAGAAGAGGAGUGCCGUAGAGGAUGCCAUUAUUGCCAUGUCAUUGGGGGAUUAUGCUAAUAAGCUUAUAGGUGGCCACUGUUACAUGAAGGGUCUUUCUAGUGGUGAGAGAAGACGAGUCGCCAUUGCUAGGGAGCUCGUAAUGAGACCCCAUGUCCUAUUUAUUGACGAACCACUUUAUCACCUAGACAGUGUUGCUGCGCUCCUGAUGAUGGUUACCCUUAAGAAGCUUGCAAGUACAGGAUGCACUCUGAUCUUCACCAUUUACCAGAGCAGCACAGAAGUGUUUGGCCUUUUCGAUAGAAUUUGUCUUCUUUCGAAUGGGAACACUUUGUUCUUUGGGGAAACACUUGCAUGUUUGCAGCAUUUUUCAAAUGCAGGAUUUCCAUGUCCGAUCAUGCAAAGCCCUUCCGAUCACUUCUUGAGAGCAAUAAAUACAGAUUUUGACCGGAUCAUUGCCAUGUGUAAAAACUGGCAGGAUGACAAUGGAGAGCUUUCAUCUGUUAAUAUGGACACAGCAGUGGCGAUACGUACCCUAGAAGCCACGUAUAAAUCAUCUCCGGAUGCAGCUGCUGUUGAGACUAUGAUUUCAAAGCUUACCGAGAAGGAAGGUCUACCCCUCAAAAGCAAAGGCAAGGCAAACUGUGCUGCCAAAAUUGCAGUUCUGACUUGGCGCUCGUUGCUGAUCAUGUCCAGGGAGUGGAAAUACUAUUGGCUCCGGCUGACCAUUUACAUGUUCUUAGCCGUAUGCAUCGGUACAGUAUUCUCUGGUUUGGGGCAUUCUUUAUCAUCAAUUGUGACAAGAGUCGGAGCCAUAUUUGUAUUUAUAUCGUUCACUUCCCUUUUAAGCAUAGCCGUCGUCCCAUCACACCUGAAAGAAAUUAAGAUAUAUGCCUGUGAAGAAGCAAAUCAGCAUUCGGGGACCUUUGUAUUUUUAUUCGGGCAGCUCUUCGCCAGUAUACUGUUCUUGUUUCUCCUGUCCAUCUCGUCAAGUUUGGUGUUCUAUUUCCUCGUCGGGCUGCACAAUGAAUUCAACUUGUUGGUAUACUUCGAGCUGAAUUUCUUCCUGUGCCUUCUAGUUAACGAGGGACUCGUUCUGCUCGUUGCUUCCAUCUGCCAAAAUGUCUUCUGGAGCAUCAUUGUACUGGUGAAUGUACAUAUGGCAAUGAUGCUUUCGGCCGGCUACUUUAGGAUUCGUAGUGACUUGCCUAAACCCGUGUGGAUGUAUCCGGUCUCCUACAUUACAUUCCAUGUUUACUCUAUUCAGGGAGUGUUGGAGAACGAGUAUAUAGGGAGCUCGUUUGCAGUGGGACAGGUGAGAUCGCUAACGGGAUACCAGGCGCUGCGCAACAUCUACGACAUAUCGGCUGAUGGCAACUCCAAGUGGGAGAAUUUGCUAAUAUUGUUGCUCAUGGCAGUCGGGUACCGGGUGCUUGUGUUUAUUAUACUCCAGUCAUGUUGUAGUAAGAGUAGGAGUAGAAGUAGGGCAGCCCUGUCUCUUUGCUGCUCGACCGGGAGCCAUCGCCGUCGCCGUCAUCAUCAUCAUCAUCAUCGAAGUGAGAGCAACUCAAGGUGAUCAAGUUAAGAAGAGGGGAAGACAAAAUGUAACUCGAUGCUAUUUAUUUAUUUUGUUCUAAUUCUAUCUUAUAUUAUUAGAUUUGUUGCUUUGUUUUGCGCAUUCAAAGUUUCCAACCUAUCUAUUUAUCCAUCCAUAUAUGCCAAUUCAAUUUUCUUGUGUUU